AUGGCCGGGCCGGACCGGCCCGACCGGCUGUGUCUGUCCCGGCUGGUCCCCCCGGGCCCCGGGGACGCCCCCCGCGCCGAGCUGGUGGCGCUGACGGCCGUGCAGACGGAGCGGGGCGAGGCCGGGGGCGGCCCGCAGAGGGUGGGCCUCCUGGGCACCCCGCCGCCCCCUCCGCCCGGCCCCGGCUCCGGCCCCGGCCCCGGCCCCGGCUCCGGCCCCGGCCCCGGCUCCGGCCCCGGCCCCGGCUCCGGCCCCGGCUCCGGCUCCGGCUCCGGCUCCGGGCAGCGCAGCUCGGCCGCCCACAAGCGCUACCGCCGCCUGCAGAACUGCCUGUACAACGUGCUCGAGCGGCCCCGCGGCUGGGCUUUCGUGUACCACGUCUUCAUAUUCCUGCUGGUCUUCAGCUGUCUGGUGCUGUCUGUGCUUUCUACCAUCCAAGAGCAUCAGGAGUUUGCCAACGAAUGUCUGCUGAUCUUGGAAUUUGUGAUGAUCGUGGUGUUCGGUCUGGAGUACAUCAUCCGGAUAUGGGCCGCUGGCUGCUGCUGCCGCUACCGGGGCUGGCAAGGCCGCUUCCGCUUUGCUCGGAAACCCUUCUGCGUCAUAGACUUCAUCGUCUUCAUCGCCUCGCUGGCGGUCAUCGCGGCCGGCACGCAGGGCAACAUCUUCGCCACCUCGGCUCUGCGGAGCAUGCGCUUCCUGCAGAUCCUGCGCAUGGUGCGGAUGGACCGGCGCGGGGGCACCUGGAAGCUACUGGGCUCCGUGGUGUAUGCGCACAGCAAGGAGCUGAUCACGGCAUGGUACAUCGGCUUCCUGGUGCUCAUCUUCGCCUCGUUCCUCGUUUACCUGGCGGAGAAGGACGCCAACACCGAGUUCUCCUCAUACGCUGACUCGCUCUGGUGGGGUACAAUCACUCUCACCACCAUUGGCUACGGCGACAAGACCCCGCAGACCUGGCUGGGACGGGUGCUGGCGGCUGGCUUCGCCCUGCUGGGCAUCUCCUUCUUCGCCUUGCCCGCCGGUAUCCUGGGGUCCGGCUUUGCCUUGAAGGUGCAAGAGCAGCACCGACAGAAGCACUUCGAGAAGCGGAGGACGCCUGCGGCCAACCUCAUCCAGGCUGCCUGGCGCCUGUACUCGACAGACAUGAGCCGGUCCUAUCUGACUGCCACCUGGUACUACUACGACAGUAUCCUCCCAUCUUUCAGAGAGCUGGUCCUUAUCUUUGAGCACAUGCACCGCGCCCGCAACGGGGGGCUCCGGAGCGUGGAGGUGAGGGAGCUGCCCGAUGGACCGCCGGCCCGUUAUCCGACAUUCACCUCCUGCCACCGCGCAGGCAGCUCCGCCUAUUGCCCCGGGGAAAGCAAUAAAAUGGGCAUCAAAGACCGGAUUCGCCUGAACAGCUCCCAACGGCAGGGCAGCCGUGGAAAGCAGCACCUGGCCCCACCCCUCCGCGCCUCACCCAGCAAUGAGAACGUGAAUGAGGCCUCCAGCCCUACCAAGGUCCAGAAGAGCUGGAGCUUCAAUGACCGGACCAGGUUCCGGGCCUCUCUGAGGCUCAAGUCCCGGGCCUCUGCAGAGGUGGACGGUCCUGUGGAGGAGAACCCCGAGGAGAAGAGCUACCAAUGCGAGCUGACCGUCGAUGACAUCAUGCCCGCCAUCAAGACCCUCAUCCGCUCCGUCCGUAUCCUCAAGUUCCUGGUGGCGAAACGUAAGUUCAAGGAGACGCUGAGGCCAUACGAUGUGAAGGACGUCAUCGAGCAGUAUUCGGCUGGACAUCUGGACAUGCUGGGCAGGAUCAAGAGCCUCCAGGCACGCGUGGAUCAGAUCGUGGGCCGGGGCGGCAUGGCCGUGGAUAAGAAGACCCGAGAGAAGGGUGACAAGGGAUCUGUCGAAGCCGAGACAGUAGAUGAGGUCAGCAUGAUGGGGCGAGUUUUCAAGGUGGAGAAACAGGUACAGUCCAUCGAGCACAAGCUGGACCUCCUGCUGGGCUUCUACUCCCAGUGCCUGCGGAAGGGCUCGAUCAACUCGGUCAGCUUGGGGGCCGUGCAGAUCCCGCUGUUUGACCCUGACAUCACCUCUGACUACCACAGCCCCGUGGAGCAUGAGGACAUCUCCGUGUCCGCCCAGACGCUCAACAUCUCCCGCUCGGCCAGCGCCAACAUGGACUGAGCGGCCGCGUCCCGCUCUCCAUCCCCCAAGGGGCCGGGGGCAGCACCUCCUUGGGAUGAGAGACUAGAAUAGUCGUCCCCCUCGUCCCCUCCCCCCAAUCCUCACUCUGGUUUUACUUGAACGUGUCAUCCUUAGGGGAACGAAGAACACACGCAGUAUUGGGCCGUGCCCACCCCGGGCACCCACUCCCAGCCCGGGUGGCUUACAGCUGCGGGCAGCCGAGUGCCCGGGCCGGGACUCCAAGACGUUGCUCAGCGGUGGGCACCCCCUCUUCCCCCCCUCCCCCCCGCCUAGCCCACCACUGGAAAAAGGGCAUGGGCAGGGGGUGGCGAGGGCGGCGGGCGGUGCCCCACUCCCGCCUCUCCCUUUGCCAAGGGGCCGGCUCCCCAGACCUUAAUUCCCGGGCAUCUAUGCCUCCUGCCCAAGACACUGGACUCUUGCCGCCACCCGCCAAGACGGGAGAGGUGGGGGUCGGGGAGGUCGGGAUCCCCUUAAACUAAUCCCCUCUGCAGCCAUAGGACCCGUGGGCUGCCCGGGGCCAUGAGCCUAGAUCUUACCCAACAGCUAUGCAAGGUUCGAUCUCUAGUUUCCCCUCCUCUGCCUGGCAGAACAAGGGGGCAUUUUGCGUUUCA